AUGCAUUCGUCAGAUUCAUGGCAAAGACAAGGAAGCGCAGACGAUAGCGAAAGCGAAAUAACAAAUUGUUACAAUGUUAAGGAAAUGCUUGUGGUUGUUGAAAAAUCAUCAUCAUCAUCAUCAUCACACAGACGUUGGCACAGCGAAUCAAGAGUUUUGACCAAAAGUACAGAUUUUUCCGAAAGAAACGUUAAAAAAGAUGGUUUCAUACGAGAAAAAAGGAAUCCCCUUUUGGACAGAGUCAAAGACACGAAAUUAUCUUGUUUUCAAUCCUCGGAAAUCCUUUCGCAAUUUCCAGACGAUGUACAACAACAUCAAAGUUCUAGAAUGGACGUUAAAUUGAUUGAAAAAAAAAAUAAUAAUAAUGAUGAUAACGAUGACAUUGAUUGUUUUUCCGGGGGUUUAAGUGGGGGUUUAAAUAAAAAAACAAAUAAAAAACAAGAUGAAAACAUGACGAAAAAUUGGAAAACGUAUAAGAUGAGACGAAGAAAUGGUGACGUUAACGAAUCAUUUAACGGUAAUUCAUGUUUAGGUGCCAAAUUAAGAUCCAUUUCCGAUAGAUUUUUAAAAUCUUCGACGAAUCGAAUCCUAGCAAAAUUGUACAAACAAAACGAUUUCGAAACACCGAAAAAAGGUAGAGGGGGAAAUAAAAAAUUACGUAGUUUUUCUUACGGUGCACUUCCGGGUUUGGAAGAAUUUCAUAACAAAGGUAAUCCCCUUUACAUUGAUGACGACUCCGAAUAUAAUCACAACGAUAAAAUUCUUUUAAUGGAUGGUACAUCGAUGCCGGAUUGCGAAGAUGGCGAUAGUGGUAUCAUUGUUAACGAUUCCACGUCGUGCGUUUUAGAAAUCGAUAAAAAAUUAAUAUCCCAUUCGAGAAGUGCUAGCGGAGAACAACAACAACAACAACAACAAACGAUUCGAAAUAAUUCUUCGAUUUGUGAUAAAACAAACAGAGAUUCGUGGAGCAGCGAUAGAAGCAGCGUAAGAAGUAUAAAAAAUGCAAGAAGAAGAAAAAGAUUAUCCAAACGUUCCGUUUCCCUUGAUAGAAGAGAAGUAUUAAAAAAUUAUCAAAAACAAUCGAGAGGUAGUUCCGAAGGUGACGAAGAAGAAUUUCAAGAUGAUGAAGAAGAAGAUGAUGACGAUGAUGAUGGAGAAGAUAGAAUAAAACAAUCUGCGACGGCAUCAUCAUCAUCAUCACCCUCGGAAUGCAAAAGAAUUUUUAAAGUUAUUCGAUUGUUUAGAAGUUCACCGGAUGAAGAAUUGGGUAUUUUUAUAGCUAAAACAAAAUUAGCUGAUCAAGGGGCACCGGGUUAUCUCAUCGCCCACAUUGUACCUGAUGGUUUAGCCGAUAGAGAUAAAAAUUUAUUGGUCGGAGACGAAAUAGUUAAUGUUAACGGACGAAGACUUCGUGGACUUUCAAUGCCGACGGCAAGAAGAAUUUUAUGUAGCGGACCCGUUGAAGUUGACAUAGUGAUAGCACGUUCGGUGUCAAAAGAUGAGGAUGCGGUAACGGUUAAAAGAGAAAAACCGAUAAAAAUGCGAGAAAGUUCUGUGGAUUAUGAAAAUGUACAAAUACAAAUGUCAUCAUCGAGUACAUCGACGGUGGUAAAUAUAAAAAAGAAAAUGGAAAACGAGGAAGAUGGUAGCCGUCCAGUAAUAUUCACACCAGGAUUUUGUUCGACACCGUCGAAACCUAAAAUGGACAAAGCUAAAAUAUUAUUAAGAAACGGAAAUAGUAUAAAUUCAAAAAUGUUACAAAAAGCAUUGGCCAAUUAUAAUUCUUCAAACGACGAACAACAAUCUAGUCUAAUCCUACAAUCAUCGAAUAUGAAUAAAAAAAAAAAAUCAAUAACCGAAAGUUCUUUGUUCCUCAAUGGUAAUUUAUGUACCCUACCUAGAAGACCUAAAUCUACGAUAUGUUCUUUUCAAACCAUCAUAUACGAAAAAGGACCCGGGAAAAAAAGUUUAGGUUUUACCAUAGUCGGUGGAAAAGAUUCACCCAAAGGUGCUUUGGGUAUAUUUAUAAAAAGUAUUUUGGAUAAUGGACAAGCAGCAGAAGAUGGAAGAUUAAGAGAAGGUGACGAAAUACUUGCCGUCAACGGACAAGUUUGUCACGAUUUAACACAUACGGAAGCUGUCGCCAUUUUUAAAAGGAUUAAAGUCGGACCCAUCGCUCUUCACAUAUGUAGAAGAACUAAAUCAGAAGAAACGUCGUGUGUUACUAAAUCCUGCGCUGAUUUAUUACAUACAUCCAAUAAAGAAGACUAA